CACAGCCGCCGCAAAAAAGACACACCAAUGCCGCACACUUAAAAUGCCAAAUAAGACAUGUCACCUGUCCUGCCUUGUUUGGUGUUUAACUUUACUGAUGCAUCUAAAAGGUUGAGAUACAUUCUUGUUCUGGUUAUUCUCAACUCAUGGCUAACAAGUGAGCUAAUGCUAGCUGGAGUAGCACAACACAAGCACUGAGCUGCAGCACAGCAAGUGAGCCGACCAUCACCCACAACAACCCCGUAUGGAUUUGACGUCGGCACGCAUUGUGGCUUGAUGUUUGGCAAAGAACAUAUUGUUGGAAAUUUUGAAGAUGGGAGAGUCCUGUGACCUUCGGCACUCUCUAAAGUGUGGCGGCACUUUGGAGGGCUCAUUUCUCUGAUUUGGAUUAUUCUUGGCCAUGCAGCAUCCUCAGGCCCACUAAUCCUUGACCAGUUUCUCAAUGGACACUCUGCUCAAGUCGGAAAUCAGAGACGAAGGAAGUGGUGCCUCAGUAAAGGUGGAGGGCCUGUCCAAGGCAGCUCUCAUCAAAAGCCUAUCCCCUAGAGUCAUGCUGACCAAUCAUCUUUUGACUAAAGGGACCAAGAUGAAGGUCAACCUUGAAGAUCAGGGUCGUCAGAAAGUGUCCUUCAGCUUCUCGCAGACCAAGAAGCCACUGCACAGCCUCUUUGUUAUCCCUUCCAGCCCUGAAAGGUCUGACUCUGAACCUCACACUGCCUCGUCACAGUCAACAGUCGACAAGGGAAAAGCUACUGAAAGCAAAAAUGAGCAAAAGCAGACACACGCCUUCCUAAAGGAGCAGACACCUUCACAGGUUCCAGGCUUUGCAGCUAAACUGAAAGUGGACUUGGCAAAGAUGCAUUUCAAGAAGCAAAUACUGAGCGUGUCGAUAACUAGGCAAAAACGAACCUCUGUUGAUUCAGACGAGACACCCACUUCUGAUUUGCUGGGUUUGCAGAAAUCUGCAAAUAACAGUGCAAUCAAAUUCCCAUCUCCCCAGCUUCAGAGCCCCAUCACUGUGGCCCCCCCUGAGGAUUCUCACAAGGAUUCCUCUGAAAGUCGGAUAGGGUCUAGUCUGAAGAAACCUGCUGCAUCCUUAGGAAAAGAGGAGAGUUCUUGUAUUAAUGAGCUCGAUAGUACUGUAUACAGAAGGAAAACCAGGUCCCAAACUGGCACAGAGAGUGAUGAAAAUCCAAAUCAGAUGUCUUCCAGACACAAGUCAGUUGACCCCAAAAGUAAAGCCCAUUCGGAAACCAGUAGCAAAGCAGCAACGAGAAGAUCUUCACCUGGCUCACACGGGGAAGAAAAGGAAAAAAGUUCAAAUAGGAAAUUUGAGAAUCACGAAAAGUCCUCUAGUUACACAAAAACAGACCGUGACUCUAGAUACUCAUCAGCACGGUCACUGCGAUCAGAGAAAGAUCGCAGAAGAUCCAGAUCCAGGUCUAGGUCACGAUCUAGAUCUAGAGGCUCUCGAACCAGUUCAUCUUAUUCCAGAUCAGAGAGAUUAAGAACCGACAGAGGUUCUCGUUCAGAAAGGUCCUAUUAUCAUGAUUCGGAUCGCAGAUCGUACAGGAGUCCUCCACGCAGAGACAGGCGACGGUCACGCUCUCGCAACGACAGAACUCGGGAGAGUUCCGACUCUGAAGAUGACCAUCGCAAGACGAGGACAAGGACAAGCGACUCCAAUAGAUCAUCCACCUACUCGAGCUUGCAGAGAGAUUCCAAGUCUUCAUCUUACUCAAAAUCAGAUAAGACAUCUAAAGAUACGCAACAUUCAUCAGAGUUCGAUAAAAGAAGCCAAUCUUCGUCAUCAGUGUCAGAAAGGACUUCAAAACGAUUGUCAGAGUCAGAUUCUCAGCUCAAGUCAUCUCCUGGUGUAGACUCAAGGUCCUAUAAGUCUAGCACCCAUCAUACAGAAGAGAGGAAAUACAACUCUUUCAAUCAGCAUACCCACUUGGAUAAUGAAAAACAUGAAACUCACCCAAAAAACCAAUUGAGGGAAACUGAGGCAGAGCAAAGGACAGAAUCACAGGCUAGCUCUGGUUUAGACGAGAAAUCUAGUGAAGAUGCAGCUUGUAGUCCGGAAUCUAAACAGAUGACCUGGUCACCAGCGAAAACUAGUGAACCUAAUAGACAAUCAAAUGACGUAUUUCACAACCUCAGUGAAAAACCAACCCAUGAAGCCACCCUAGAAUCGUGGUUGCUCGGAGAAAAGGAAAUAUCCAAUAUAAAUUAUACAGCUGAGCGAAGUGAAUGUGGCCACCAGGAUGUCGGGGAGACCUUGAAAGAGGCACUAUGUGAUAGUUUAGAUGGAACAAAAUCAAGUCUCAAAGUUGAGAAAGAAAAUACAUCAGCUGUAACUUUAAAUGAAAGCUUUCAGCAUGCAAAUGUCCCCCUUGAAAAAUUAGACAACCAGAAGGAUGGCCUUUCUCUUCACCAUACAUCACAUGUGACAUCACAUGAGGCAGCGGAAAGUUUAAUACUUACUAGUAGUGAUGGUGUAGUGUGCAACCAGGAUGUAAAAGAUGUUGGUACUUCACAAGGGUCACAGUCUGUACUUGAUACAGAAGAUAUACUUGUCGCACACGAUGUCCAGAACUGUAAACCAGAGGCUGAGCCGAGUAAAGCUGUGACUCCCAUUGACCAGGCGGACACAAAUGCAUCACUACAAUCUGAGGCACCAUGUAAAACUGAGAAUCUGAUGACACUUGAACAGCAAAACACAGACCAUGCUAAAACAAAGAACAGUAGUACUAAAAAGUCCAGAUGGGAUAUUGUCGGGCAGAACACCCUGGGGAGUGAUGAUUCACAGCGGACAAUUUAUGCAGAGAGUAAUCAGACCCUUAAAAAGUUCAUCUGCGUAAAAAAAAUUGAGUUUUCCAAAAACCAAAGUCAGAUAGAUAUCAAGGAGUGUACACACGAAUCUGAAAGACAUUCUGUAUCGGGGAAUGAACAUGAGAGGCUAAAGCAGGCAGAUCGUUAUGAUGACCAAGGGGAGCAUUCACAGGGUGUCACUGGCAUUGACCACCGUGGCAUUGAAAAAAUAAAUCUAGUCCCACCUCAGUGCAACAGUGAUGCAAUACAGGUCAACAUUGCUACACAGAUGCAGAGCUGGAAUGGUAAUGUGGAAGAGAAAUCUGGUGAUAUUGCUCACAAGGGAAAAUUAAAUGCCAUUCAUGAUGGCAUAGAAGCACAGAGCGAGGCCAGUGAUAGUGACAACUCUGAGUAUGACUCUGAUUGUGGCAAGGCAAUAAAACGAUUGCACUCUGUAGUAGUGGUGCCAAAGAAUUCAUCCCUAACAAGUGAAUCAUGUAACACUGGAGCUUCCUCAGGCAGUCCAAUGAAUACACCAGAGUCCCACAAUAGCAGCAUGAAUAGUAGUGAAGUCCACUAUCAAAUCAAUUCUCAACAAAGGCUAGAGGGUGUUUCUUCCAACACCAGUACUCUUUGUCAAUCUCAGAGUAAUAUGAUUGACAGCACCAGUCACUCUGAGGGAUCCGGCUGUGCUGGAAUCGCACAGCCUUACUUGACUGGUCCCAUCAGUGUCCACGAAGGUAUCACUAAUUCCACCCUCAGCCUUGACAGUUCCAAAUAUAGCCAACAACUACAACAUUAUGUUAACAGCGUUAAUGAACGGACACUCACCCAAUACCAACAUUCUUCAGUUGUUGAUGUUAAUGACAUGAUGAGUGGAUUCAUCCAGAGUUGGAAUUUUUCACAGCCAGAGCAGCCUAGUAGUACAUAUCAACAGCCGGACAGCAGCCAUGGACCGCUGUUGGCAAACUCUAAACUUUUAGAAGCCUUUCCUAAAGGACAACAACAUGGGCAUCAUAAUGUCUCCUGGCACCACCAGAGCGCCAACAUGCAGACAAGCCAAAAUCCCUACCUCCAUUUGCAUGAACAGUAUCAGGAUCCUACAGGUGAAAUCCACCCAGACUCUCUCACUAAUGACCAUGAGGACUACUGUGGGGGUAAAGCAUCCUUGCCUAGCAAAGCGACUGUCGAGUACAGUGGACCUUCAGGAUCGUCGGGUUUUGUACAAGGUCAUGAAAUAAGCAGCAACAGCAGGUGCUCUUCUGUCCCUGACCCCUCGAGAGAGGACAAUUUCAGGGCCUACAGAAGCAGGGGUCCUCCCAAAAAAAGGCGGCCAGAGAUGGAGUCUGAUUCAGACAAUGAGGCUGAAGCUGGACCUGCGGGCAAGAAGGAACGUCUAGGAGAGAUUGAGGAAGCUAAAGAAAGUCGAGUCAAAGCUGAGGUGGUACGCCCCUCACUCACACUCCGGGACUUCCAAGACUCUAGUAAAUGGAAAGAGUUUGCUAAGACGAAGAAGAUGCCUCCUUAUUUUGACCUGAUAGAAGAGAAUAUGUAUCUGACCGAACGAAAGAAGAGCAAAUCUCACAGAGAUAUCAAGAGGAUGCAGUGUGAGUGCCCGAUGCUGCCUAAAGAGGACCGUUCAAGGGGAAUGUUGGCGUGCGGGGACGACUGCUUAAAUCGACUGCUGAUGAUCGAAUGCUCGUCACGGUGCUUAAACGGAAUAUACUGCUCGAAUCGACGCUUUCAAAUGAAGCAGCAUGCUGAUUUUGAUGUCAUCCUGACAGAAGAUAAGGGCUGGGGUCUACGGGCAGCUAAAGACUUGCCUUCAAACACUUUUGUGCUAGAAUACUGUGGGGAGGUGUUGGACCACAAAGAGUUCAAAACAAGGGUGAAAGAAUAUGCACGCAACAAGAACAUCCACUACUAUUUUAUGUCUCUAAAGAAUAAUGAGAUUAUUGAUGCAACACUGAAGGGUAAUUGCUCUCGGUUUAUGAACCACAGCUGUGAGCCCAACUGUGAGACCCAAAAGUGGACAGUCAAUGGCCAACUUCGAGUCGGCUUCUUCACUACCAAGGCAGUCGCUGCAGGAACUGAGCUGACGUUUGACUACCAGUUUCAGAGAUACGGGAAAGAAGCCCAGAAGUGCUUCUGUGGAGCCCCUAGCUGCAGAGGCUUCCUGGGUGGGGAGAACAGAGUCAGUGUCCGUGCGGCUGGAGGGAAGAUGAAGAAAGACCGCAGUCGAAAGAGUGCACUCACCACGGUGGAUGAGGAACUGGAGGCCUUACUAGAGAAUGGUGAAGGGCUCUAUGAUGAGAAACAAGUGGUGUCCUUGUGCAGACUUAUGGUCCGUGUGGAAACCAUGGAGCAGAAACUCACCUGUCUCAAGCUCAUACAAGAUACUCAAAAUCCGUCGUGCUUGAAGCAGUUCUUAGAUCAUCACGGCUUGUCUUUGCUCUGGCUCUUCAUGGUGGAAAUUUCUGAAGCCAAGGGCAACAGUGCCAAUAACAUCAAACUGCAAUCAGAGAUUCUGAAAGCCUUGGCUGUGUUACCCAUCUCCACUAAGAACAUGUUGGAAGAGAGCAGAAUCCUGACCUUCAUUCAACGAUGGGCCCAGACGAAAGCGCUCCCUCAGCCUACUGAGAUGGAUGGCUACUCCAGUGAGAACACCUCUCGUGCUCAGACGCCGCUCAACACCCCCGACGGUUCCUCAACCAAACUGGGACCAGAAUCGGACGGGGACACAUCCAAACCGGCUGUGUACCGCCGCCUUAAAAUCAUUAGCGAGAACAGUCUGGACAGCGCGCUCUCUGACGCCAGCAAAGCGUCUGAUGGCAAGGAGGAGGAAGAGGAGGAAGAUGAAGAGGACGAAGAUGAAUCGCCACAAGGAGCACUUCCUGAUGACAAACAAUUGAAGGUAGACACUGCGAGUGAACCUGCUAAUCCAGUGAAUGAAACACAGGAAGAGGAGGUGAAAGAUGUUAAAGAGGAGAAACAGGAAGAGACAGAAAUGGCUUCAGGCAGUCAAGACCAAGCUCAGAGUGAAGACAUUAAAGACCAUAUUGAGUUGCAGGUGGAGCAGAAGGAUUCUGAGCUGAAGGUGGAGACGGGUGAUGAACCACAGGAUGAACUUGAGAAAUCUGACAAACCUAGCAUAGAGGAGCAGACCACUCUGACAGCAGCAGAAAGCACUGAAGUGGUAAGCAACCAGCCUUCGGGUGAGACUCAGGAGGAGUCAGAGAUCCAGACAGUCGAAAUAGAUGUUAAUGACACUCCAACUGAGCAGCCCGCAGAGCAGAUGGUUGCAGAGACAGAAAUACUGGAGGCGCAGAAUCCUCUUCCUGCACCCGAUGCCCAACCAGAUGAGUCGGCCACUGUUGCUCCCCCAAGCUCUGACACACCCGAGGUCAGUAUGCCCGCUGAGGUCACGACAGCCCCCGUGGAUCCACCAGCAAUAGGAACGCCUUCUCAGGAUGAAGAGGAAGCUGUUUCAGAUGUGGAGAGUGAGAGGAGUCAGGAGCCCCAAGUCAGUGCUUUGGACAUUAGUAGCAUGGCGGCCAGGCUACUAGACAGCUGGAAGGAUCUCAAGGAGGUGUACAGAAUACCAAAAAAGAGUCAGGUGGAAAAGGAAACUAAUGAUCGCAGUCGAGAUCGUGAUACAGCUUUGACAUCACGCAACACUUCUGGUAGCCGUGAAAGGGAGCGUGAAAAGGAACGGGAAAGGGACCGAGAAUAUGACAGAGACUGGGACAGGGAGCGAGAUAGAGAUAGAGAUAGGGAUAGGGAUAGAGACCGGGACCGGGACAGAGAUAGAGACAGAGACAGAGACAGGGAUCGUGAUCGAGACAAAACUCCACGCAACACUGAGAGACGAAGGAGACGGUCGACAUCCCCGCCCUCUUCCUAUGAGAGGAGUAGUCGGCGCACCGAGGAACGUUUUGACCCAUCUAAGACACCAAGGGGCGUUGGCGUCAAGGAGCGCAACAAGCUUUCCACAGAGGAACGCAGGAAGCUGUUUGAGCAGGAGGUUGCUCAACGGGAAGCCCAGAAGCAACAACAGCAGCUUCAGCAGCAGCAACAGCAGCUGCAAACAAUGGCCUAUGACCCUGCUUUGGCCUACGCUUCCAGUUCAGGCUUCAUCACCUACCCACCUGGAUACCCCAUUCAGACCUUUGUGGAUCCCACCAACCCCAAUGCAGGCAAAGUACUACUACCCACCCCUGCAGCUGAUCCCGCCCUGACUUAUGAACAAACCCCUCCCAUUGGACUCCCGUCGCCGUCAUCCACUUCUCAGGCUGCCCCUGCGGCAACUAUCUCUCAGCACAUCACCCCCACCAACAUCAUCACCCCUGCUAACACCCAGCAGUACGCCCAGCCCGCUGUCACUGCCCAGGACUCGGGCGUAUCUGUCCUCUCCGUACCUGCACAAACACACCCCCAAGUGCAGGGCCAGCAGAGCUACACCACACUGUGGGAUCCGGCCACCCAGCAGGCAGUCACCGUACAGACACAACCGGCACAACAGUAUGCCACAGCCCCAGCAGCGGCCCCCACACAAACAGCCAUCUAUUACCAAGGCCAGCCGUGCCAAACCAUCUACAGCAUCCCCACCGCGUACCCUCAGACCAACACUCCAGUCAUCCAGGCAUACUCUGAGCCCACAGCUAGCUAUCUGCACGGACAGACGGUGUAUCCUGGUCAUCAGCAAGGUGUGGUGGUGCAACAGGGCGGCACAGUCACCACCAUUGUUACGUCCCAAACUGUCCAGCAGGAAAUGAUUGUACCCAACAAUGUGAUAGAUCUGCCUCCUCCUUCUCCCCCAAAACCCAAAACUAUUGUUCUACCUCCCAACUGGAAAGUGGCUCGGGACCCUGAAGGAAAGAUCUACUAUUACCAUAUUGUGACAAGGCAAACUCAGUGGGACCCUCCCACCUGGGACGGAAGUAAUGACACAACUACUCUGGACCAUGAAUCAGAGAUGGACCUGGGCACUCCUACUUAUGAUGAGAACCCCUCCAAGUUCUCAACCAAAACAGCUGAAGCAGACACUUCCAGUGAAUUGGCUAAAAAGAGUAAAGAGACAUUCCGCAAAGAUAUGUCACAGUUUAUCGUGCAAUGUUUAAAUCCUUACCGGAAGCCGGACUGUAAACUCGGCCGCAUCAGCAACACAGAGGACUUCAAGCACCUUGCUCGAAAGCUAACCCACGGAGUCAUGAACAAGGAGCUGAAGGCCUGCAAGAAUCCUGAGGACCUGGAGUGUAACGAGAACGUCAAGCACAAGACCAAGGAGUACAUUAAGAAGUACAUGCAGAGGUUCGGCGCCGUGUACAAACCCAAGGAGGACACGGAUGUGUACUGAGCACGCACGCUAUUUAUGAGAGGAGGAGCAACAGGUCAUAGGUCACACAGGCUGUGGAGGGAUGUCGCUGAGGGGUGCUACGUACACUUUUCACUGACUGAUGAAUUUUAGGCUUCUUAACACCUCAAUCCUACCUUUUAAACACAACGAAGAAGAAUCCCGUCUCUUUCAAACUUUCCACUGUUGACCACGGAUCAAAACGCAGAACGGUCCGCUUCUUUUUGCACCAAACUACUUUUUUUUUUUUUUUUUUUUUUUUCUUUUAACAGCGGAGGUCCAAGCUGCAAGACUAGACAAGACAGACAACCGAGCCUUCUGAGUUUUUAUCCACUCCGCAAUGAAUCCGUAUUCCCAUUGUGUCUUUUUAUCACUUUGAAUGCUACGUUUGACGUGCCACACCCUCUUUUUGUUUUGUUUUUUCUAACUGGACUCAUGCAGAAGAGUGUAGCAUUGCGGUUUUAACUUAUCUUUUUUUUUAAUUAUUAUUAUUAUUAUUAUUAUUAUUAUUAUUAUUAUUAUUAUUAUUAUUAUUAUUAAUCACAUUUACACAUAAAGCAGCCUUCGACUUUUAUUUUUAUUUUUAUUUUUUUUCCUCCCGUGAGUUCUCGCAAACCAUCACAGUGUAUUGCAUUAAAUGUGGAUAUAUGAAAUAGUAGUUUUUGGCAAUGUUUAAAUUAACAGAAACCUUUGUAAAAUCAUUUCAUGGUUCUAAAGUGUAAAUAUGUUAUAUUAUUACCAAAUGUGUAUGCAGGAGGUGACCGGCUGGAUCCUCACAUCCAGACCCCUCGCUGGCUCUUGUCAGCACAGAGGGGACAAUUUCAUCUUUUCUUUUCUUUUUUUGGGGGGUUGUUAUUAUUUUUCUAUGUACAAAGUAAUUUUCACCCUACUCGACUGUAAGUAUUGCGUAAGCACAUUGUCAUACCGAGUGUACAAACAUUUUAAAAGAUAAUAAACUGGGGAUUUUUUGUACA